UUUUCCCCCUUUAUUGACGCGCUGGGAUGGAGAGCGACCUGAGACCGAGGCUCUGUUUUCUGACCAAAGGAGAGCGAGGUUAUGGGUUUCACCUGCACGGGGAGCGGAAUAAAGGAGGACAGUUUAUCCGCAAAGUGGAGCUCGGCUCCUCGGCUGACCUGGCCGGCCUGCGGCCAGGAGACCGGGUGGUGGAAGUGAACGGGGAGAAUGUGGAGAACGAAACUCAUCAUCAAGUGGUGAAUCGUAUCCGUGAGGUUCCCCAUCGCACCAGGCUGCUGGUGGUGGACAGAGAGACAGACGACCUUCUCCGUAGCCGUGGCCUGGCCUGCACAGAGGACCUGGCCAUGGAGAUGGGAACCCUCUCCCCACGGCCCUCGCCCAGACCCACGCCGUCCACCUCUCCCAUACCCAGAGAGAACUCGCCUCUGCAACCCAAACCCAGCCACACACACGCAUUUCAAUUUCCUACUGCAGAGUCACCCACUCACAUGAUCACACAAGGCAAAGUCAAGAGAUCCUCAGUGACAUCAAGCACGACAACAGACGCAGAGGUUGAGCCUUCACCGGAGCCGACCGGUGAGCUCCUUCCCCGUCUGUGUCACCUGAUAAAGGGGGAACACGGCUACGGCUUCAACCUGCACAGCAACAAGACAAAAGGCGGACAGUUUGUACGAGCCGUGGACCCCGACUCUGCUGCCGAGAGCGCAGGCAUCCGGGCUGGAGACAGAGUAGUGGAGGUGAACGGAGAGACCACAGAGGGCCUGAGGCACUCGGAGGUGGUGGCGCUCAUCAGAACAGGAGGAGGGGAAGUUCGCCUCCUAGUGGUCGACCCAGAGACGGACGAGCUUUUCCAGAGACUGGGAAUUACACCAACUGCCAGCCACAUUAAAGAGAUCUACGUGGAUGAAGGAGCAGCAGAAAGCAUCCCACCAACACCGUCUCCGACCACUGAACUCCCCACCGCUGGUACACCGAUCAUCAACGUCACUCUGACAAACUCUCCAAUCACAAGGUCGUCCCCGAAACCCCGGACCAAUGGGAGCUCAGCGUCCCAGUCCUCCAGGAGUUCAACCACCCAGUCAGAGAUCAGCAGCUCGGACAUGAGCAUCCAGGUCCCUGAUGAGGACGAGAGGCGUGCUUCGGACCCUUUCACAGACAGCGGCCUGCGUCUGAGUCCCACAGCAGCUGAGGCCAAACAAAAGGCCCUUGCUGGCCGCAGCAAGAAAAGAGCGCCCCCUAUGGACUGGAGCAAGAAACAACAGAUUUUCAGCAACUUCUAAACCAUAAAGACGAAGAAAAAAAAGAGGAAUAAUGGCACAAAGUGAGGAAGAAUAUCAAGAUUCUUUACUGUUUCUACUUUAAUAUUAAGUAUCAUACCCCCAUCUUGCAGAAGCAUGGACAAAGAAAGAGUAAAAGGGAAAGAAAAAGGUG